AUGGCGACAAACAGUUCGGCUUCUGUAGAUAUGGAAGACGUUCAGACCGUCGAUCUCAUGUCUGAGCUCCUUCGCCGCAUGAAAUGUGCUUCUAAGCCUGACAAACGUCUCGUUUUCAUCGGACCACCCGGUUCGGGCAAAGGUACGCAGUCUCCGGUCAUAAAGGAUGAGUUUUGCUUGUGCCAUUUGUCUACCGGAGACAUGCUUAGAGCGGCUGUAGCUGCUAAGUCUCCUCUUGGUGUAAAAGCAAAGGAGGCAAUGGACAAGGGAGAGCUUGUUUCUGAUGACUUGGUUGUUGGUAUCAUGGACGAAGCAAUGAACAAACCAAAAUGUCAAAAAGGUUUCAUUCUUGAUGGGUUCCCUAGGACCGUGACACAAGCCGAGAAGCUUGAUGAGAUGCUAAAAAGAAGAGGAGCUCAGAUUGACAAAGUGCUCAACUUUGCGAUCGAUGAUUCGGUUCUUGAAGAAAGAAUCACUGGAAGGUGGAUUCACCCUUCAAGUGGAAGAAGCUACCAUACUAAAUUCGCACCUCCGAAAGUUACCGGAGUCGAUGAUGUGACUGGAGAGCCGUUGAUUCAACGUAAAGACGACAAUGCUGAUGUUCUUAGGUCAAGGCUGGAUGCAUUCCACAAGCAGACUCAACCGGUAAUUGACUACUAUGCUAAGAAGGGAAAUCUGGCCAACAUUCCGGCAGAGAAGGCUCCGGAAGAGGUUACUAAAGAGGUGAAGAAGGUUUUGUCUACAUGA